UUUUCUUAAACUCUUUUUCCGACUCACCUGGCUGUGGUUGUGUAUAAUUGGGAUGCUUCCAGCAACGCCUAUCCCUGCGGUCAAUGAGCGAUGGGAUCUUCCCCCGGCUUACAUGGCACGUUGUUCUGGCCUCGUUGGCCCCCCAGCAGGGAUGCAGGAGCUCGAAUAUGGGAAUAGGAAUUACUAACCUAGGUUUUAAAAGCAGACGUGCUAUCAAAGUCUCAGUAUUGCACUGCGACAUGAUUCAUGAAUAUGCAUUCAGCGAGUCCACGUUGGCUUUAUUGGAGAAGGCAUAUGCGUAUCCUGAUGAAGGAAGUGGCAUUUAUAGGAGACUGUCUGAAUUAAGGGGUAGAGGUGUGACCACAGCUUGCGACAGACGGACUAGAUACAUAACGUGGGAGGUCGGGAUUUGAUAACGCGUCCUGACGCACUUGGUUUAUUCAGCGCGCUGACCAUCGACAACUGGUUGCAGAUGGAGAUAAAGAAAGAGCUGUCGAA